UGUGACAUAGGUGGCCAGGAGGGGCCAGCCUUUAUCUCGGGGGCCUCAGGGGGACGGCUGCAGGCAUGUCGAGCCUGCAUGCCUUGAACUCCCCAGCUGUAAUCUUUGACAAUGGCUCUGGGCUCUGCAAAGCUGGGCUGUCGGGGGAGAUCGGGCCGCGCCACGUCCUCAGGUCUGUCGUGGGGCACCCGAAGGUCAAGCCGUCACCGGAGGAGUCCCACCAGGAGUACGUUGUGGGGGCCGAGGCCCUGCUCAAGCAGGAGGCGCUGCACCUGCAUGUGCCCAUCGAGCGGGGCCUGAUCGUGGGCUGGGAUGACGCGGAGAGGCUGUGGCAACACCUGUUCGAGUGGGAGCUGGGCGUGAAGCCUAGCGAGCAGCCAGUGCUGGUGACCGAGCCCUCGCUGAACCCCAGGGAAAACCGGGAGAAGACAGCUCAGGUGAUGUUCGAGAGCUUCGGCGUGCCUGCCUUCUACCUGUCGGACCAGGCGGUGCUGGCGCUGUAUGCCUCAGCCUGCAUCACGGGCCUGGUGGUGGACAGCGGGGAGGGCGUCACCUGCACCGUCCCCAUCUUUGAAGGUUACUCCCUACCGCACGCCGUGGCCAAGCUGAAUGUGGCGGGCAGGGACAUCAUGGAGCAGCUCACCCGGCUCCUCCGGGCGAGAGGGCGGACCUUCCCCUGCCUGCUGGACAAGGCCCUGGUGGAGGACAUCAAAGAGAAGUUGUGCUAUGUGGCCUUGGAGCCCGGCAAGGAGCUGAGCCGGUGGCCGGCAGGCAUCCUGCAGGAGUACAGACUGCCGGAUGGCAAUGUCAUCUACCUCGGCGAGCAGCUGUUCCAGGCCCCUGAGGCCCUGUUCUCGCCCGAGCAGGUGGGCACCCAGAGCCCGGGGCUGGCCGAGAUGGUGUCAGGCAGCAUCGCCAAGUGCGAUGCCGACAUCCAGAAGAUGCUUUUUGGGGAGAUAGUGCUGUCAGGGGGCAGCACACUGUUCCAGGGGCUGGACAACCGGCUGCUGAGGGAGCUGGAACCGCUGGCCCCCACAGGGAUCCCCAUCAAGAUCACCGCGCCCCCCGACCGCUGGUUCUCCACGUGGAUUGGGGCUUCCAUUGUGACCUCUCUGAGCAGCUUCAAGCAGAUGUGGGUCACUGAUGCUGAUUUCAAGGAGUUCGGGACAUCUGUGGUCCAGAGGAGGUGCUUCUGAGGGCGCUGCACCCAGGACUGGGGGUCCCCGGGGCAGGGCUGGCCUUGGGCGUCCUUCAGUGAGGUGUUCAAUAAAAGGCAAAAUGGUGGCUCGCCUGG